UGCUAGACUUUCCUCACGCGUGAAGUCACCAAGUAGUGUAUGCUCUAAGCGCCCAAUACAUUUACGGCUAAAUUUGAUUACCUUAAAAAUGGCGUCUGCAGUGGAAUCCAUGAUUGUUGACGAAAAACAAAUUUCUGAUAAGCCAGUUGACAGAGAAAAGACCUGCCCGCUACUUUUGAGAGUAUUUUGUAACAUCGGACGACAUCACAACAUCGUCGAAUACAGUAGAGGAAAUGUGCCGUCAAAUGAGCUGCAAAUUUACACUUGGAUGGAUGCCACGCUACGUGAGAUAACUGCGCUCGUGAAAGAGGUGAAUCCUGACGCGCGUAAAAAAGGAACCUAUUUCGAUUUUUCUCUGGUUACUCCUGAAGUUCGUAAUUCUAGUUAUCGAAUGCGAGAAAUUGGGGUAACUUGUUCUGGUCAAAGAGGAGCAGAUGAUAAUAAAACUCUCGCACAGGCUAGGUUCACGAUCGGCGAUUAUUUGGACAUAUCUAUUACCCCUCCGAAUAGAAUGUCACAGCCGAUGAUGCGACGUGGAGGCUUACGGCAGUAUUGACUUUGUUGUAUUUCAAUUUUGUACGAUUUCAAAUUAGUGUUCGAAUCAUUUUCACUAGGCUUAAUUAGAUAUAAUAUAUAUUCGUCAAUUAUACUUUAUACGUACGUUACGACGUGACAUACUAAUUGAGCCUAUGACAUAGUAUUUGUUCGUGAAACAUUUCACUGUAAUUUUGUAUAAUUCGGGAACAAAAUGAAUUACAAAUACGAUUUUUUGCAAAUUA